AUAAAUAAAGUGUCAUUGCGAAAUUUAGUUUUGAACCGUAAGAACCACCGAUGAUAAAAAGUAAAUUAAGUUUAAAUUGUCAUUAGAUUGUUUUUAAAAAAUGUACGUCGCAAGAUGGAUAAUCCUAUUGACAAUUUUACAAGUUUGCUUGUGUCAAGACGCGGAUGGAACGUAUUUGCAGACUUUACUAAAGGGUCUUGCAACUUCUAACAACGUGCAGCAAGCUGGUUUACCUAGUGGAGCUAUUUUGUCACUCCUGGGGCCCGUUUUACAAAACAACCAAGACAAGUUCAUAAAUUAUGUGGUGGAUACACUGACAACGACACUGGAUGAGGCGGCCAAAAACUACACCAAUAACCUUUGCCUUAACCAUACAGAACUGUUUAUCAAGGCACUGGUUCGCCGAGAAAAUUGGGCGCUAAGAAUGGUUGACGCUAUGGGAAAACCUGGAACGGGUCUCAUGGACUAUAGUUUGAACUGGGCUGGAAAUUUUGACGAAUGUGUCGCUAUUAAAGCUGACAGAUACACAGAUCCAGUUGCAAAGGAAGGGUUAGAACACCCUUAUACUGGAAAAUAUUGCACGGCAACAGUUCAGUUAACGAAAGAGUCUGUAGGAUUUACUGGUCCGUUGGGAUUGCAUAUUGGCAUGUGUCUUCCUGAUACGUGUUCAAAUGAAGACGCUUCAGCACUGAUGAAUAUAGUGACAGGCCUAUUUCACCUUAACAUGACAACUCCAACGAUGUACAUGAGCUGUCAAGAGAAAUCACUCGAGUUUACUGAUAAAGCUCUAGCAGUCACAAUCGUAGGUUCCGUAUUUGCAGCUGUGAUUCUAAUAGCAACAACUUAUGACGUCAUAAUUCAACAUUUUCCCCAGAAGGGAACCAAAAAGAAUAAAACGCAGAAAAUUGAGCUUAAAGCUGCGAAUGGGGUCGAAAACGGUGCAUAUAAGCACUCGAAAGAAGAUUUAUCAAACGGUGACAUGAAAAUCCAUAAGAAUGGCGAACUGUCAAAUGGAUUCACUGACUUGGAAAAGGCAAAAGGUGGCGAAAUGGUUCCAGAUAAAACAGCUUAUAAACCAGGUAUACUUGGGAAACUCCUACUCUCCUUCUCGGUGUACUCAAAUGCCCCGAAAAUCCUGAACACUAAUCAACCGAAGGGAACGCUGACCAGUGUGAACGGCAUUCGUUUUCUCAGUAUGACCUGGGUUAUUCUAGGACAUGUAUAUGGUUUUGGAACGAAUUUAACAGACAAUUUGGCAACGUAUUUUCCGCAGAUGGCCAAACGAUUCACAUUUCAGGCGAUUUUGAAUGCAACAGUAUCUGUAGAUACGUUUUUCGUCCUCAGUGGUCUGUUAGUGUCAUACCUUUCCUUACGUGAGAUGAAAAAGAGAGGAGGCCCGUUAAAAUUCAACUGGCUGUUGUUUUACUUUCAUAGAUACUGGAGAUUGACCCCACCAUACAUGCUACUGCUCAUGUUGUAUGUACCAACGAUGAAGUACUGGGGAGAUGGACCAUUUUGGCCGCAGAAAGGCGUGGACGUCGAUGAAUGCAAAGACACUUGGUGGACUAAUUUGUUAUACAUUAAUAACGUAUACAAAUCAGAUAAACAAUGCAUGGGAUGGAGCUGGUACCUCGCCAACGACAUGCAGUUCUAUGUGAUAAGUCCUUUGAUGUUGGUUCCUCUUUACUACUCACCGGUAGCCGGGGCAGUUGCAUGUCUUGCACUAAUACUUGGAAACUUCAUUAGCGCAGGCAUAAUAUCCAGUCAUAACGAAUUUAAACCGAACAUAAUGUUCAAUCAAGACGUAUUUGAUGGUAUGGACAAGCUGUAUUUUAAACCAUGGACUCGUAUUGGACCAUACGUUGUCGGGUUCUUCUUGGGGUAUAUUUUAUACAAGACAGAAUGCAAAGUGAAGAUGUCAAAGGUUUCAGUUGCUUGGCCUGUGAAUGCAUUGCUGUCAUGGCGAGGUAUAAUACCUCUUAGUCGACUUACAUACUGCGCAUAUCUUGUACACCCACUCGUGAUUUAUGUUUACAUCUUCAGUAGGAGAACGCUGAUGCAUUGGUAUGAUCUUCAAAUGAUUUACCUUUUCUUGGGACAUCUUUGUGUAUCUUAUGCGGCUGCCUUUGUUCUUUCCCUGGCGUUUGAAUCCCCAAUGAUGGGACUGGAAAAAGUGUUGCUAGGCAGAAAGAAAAACAGCUAGACUGCCCCAUGUUUAUGCUUGCUGAAGUAACAAUGUGAUGCCUGACUUGUUAGUUGUACGGAAACAACGUUAAGCGAGAACGAAAUGUUUGAAAAUAAUGAACUACACUAAAUUCAUUAAAAACACUGCCUUUUAAUAUUCAAUACUUUUUGCAAAUGUGUAUAUAUAGUAUUCAUUUUUAGAUGUAGGUAGAAAUGUAUGGCAUGCCUAUUUGCAAACAGUACGUCGUCUAAAAGGGAACCUUGGAGGCAUCUGUUACUAUAUAUCAUUCCGGUUCUACGUGGUUUCUGCACGGAAAUAUCUUUAGGGCCUGCACAAAUUUGGUGUAAUUAAGAAUAAAUAAUCUAUGAUAAACUAAAGCUUGUAAAAAUGAAUAUAACUCUGAUAGCGGAUAAUAUCGCUCCCUGAAAACCAGAAAUUACGUAUGAGCAAUUUUGAUAUAUCAGAAGCGCUGCAUUGAGUUGCUCUUAAUUAAAAUAGAGUUAAAUAGA